CGGGGGUGGAAUCAGCAAUGGCAGAGUUUCCAAGGUUGGUGGAAACUUAAUAUGUAAGCUUAUCCUGCUGCUUUUGUGUCAGCCUGAUAAGCCCCUGGCACCAGAGCCUCUCCCCUCUUGGGGCAUGUUUGCUGAAUCUUCACAUCAGAAAACGGCUGUGGCGCAACUGCAGAGGUUUCUGCGCAUGUGGGGAGAGCUCUCCAUUCCCAGUGGAGAACAGCAAGAGGGGCUCUGCUCUCGGCUGGACGUCUCCCUCUGAGGGAGAAAGCGUUAUGCAAGCAGGUGGUGUGGCUAUCAGAGAUCGAAAGCCACCCCACCUCCAACGCCCAGCCUGCCUUCGGAGCCGCCUUGAGGGAUCCGGUUCUGCCAGGGGGACACGCCUUUCUCUUGGUCUCUGUACCCAGGGCAUAAAAGCAGGCACGGGAGAUGGUUCCUGUGCCCGCUGGCUUGGUCAAAGCCUUCUCCCAACCAGGGCAACGGGGUUCCAACCAUGGAAGCAAGUGCGGCCACAGUUCUCCUCCUGGCUCUCUGCCUUUCCUGCCUGCUGCUGCUCCUCCGAGGAGGACGAGGGGGUACCAAGGCACGGCUGCCCCCUGGACCUCGGCCCUUGCCCUUCAUUGGCAACCUGCCACACCUGGAUGCCAAGAACAUGAUCAAGUCCCUGAUGGAGCUCAGCAGGCAGUACGGCUCGCUCUUCACCAUCCACAUGGGGUCCCGGCCGGUGGUGGUGCUGUCUGGGUACCAGACGGUGAAGGAGGCCCUGGUGGACCAAGGCGAGGAGUUCAGCGGCCGGGGAGACAUGCCAGUCCUGUUCCGAUUUACUCAGGGGAACGGCAUCGCCUUCUCCAAUGGGGAGAAAUGGAAGAUCCUGAGGCGUUUUGCCAUCCAGACCUUGCGGGACUUCGGGAUGGGGAAGCGCAGCAUCGAGGAGCGAAUCCAGGAGGAGGCCCAGUGCCUGGUGAAGGAGUUUGCCAAGCAGACAGAGCCCUUUGACCCCACGUUCCUGCUUGGCUGCUCGGUCUCCAAUGUCAUCUGCUCCAUAGUCUUCGGAGAUAGAUUUGACUACGAGGAUCAGCAUUUCCUGACAUUCAUCGGGCUGAUCAAUGACAACUUCCGCCUCUUCAGCUCCCCUUGUGCCCAGAUGUACAACAUUUUCCCCCACAUCAUGUAUUAUCUGCCUGGACCACACAACCAGAUUUUUGCCAACUUUGAGAAGCUGCGGGCACUGGUGAAGGAGAUGGCCAAAGCCCACCAGGCCAGCCUAGACCCCAACUGCCCGCGCGAUUUUAUAGACUGCUUCCUCCUGAAGAUGCAGCAGGAGAAGGAAGACCCCCACAGCUUCUUCCACACCGACACUUUGAUCAUGACCACCCACAACCUCUUCUUUGCGGGCACCGAGACCAUCAGCACCACCCUACGCUACGCUCUCCUCAUCCUCAUGAAGCUCCCCGAAGUAGCAGCCAAGGUGCAGGAGGAGAUCGCGAAGGUCAUUGGCUCAGAGCGCCAGCCCUCCAUUGCGGACCGGGCAAGGAUGCCCUACACGGAUGCCGUGAUCCAUGAGGUCCAGAGGUUCGCCGACAUCAUCCCCAUGGGCAUCCCCCAUGCCCUGACCAAGGACACCCAUUUCCGGGGCUUCUUCUUUCCAGAGGGCACCAACGUUCUGCCGUUCUUCCACUCCGUGCACCGAGAUGCCACCCAGUUCAAGAACCCAGAGAUGUUUGACCCCGGGCACUUCCUGGGCGAGGAGGGCGCCUUCCGCCGCUCUAACGCCUUCAUGCCCUUCUCCGCCGGGAAGCGGCUGUGCCUGGGCGAAGCCUUGGCGCGCAUGGAGCUUUUCCUCUACCUGACCGCCCUCCUGCAGCGCUUCUCCUUCCAGCCCAGCUGCCCCCGCGAUCAGCUCGACCUCUCGCCCAUGAUGAGCGGCAUCGGGAACGUGCCGCGCCCCUACUCCUGCCGCCCGCUGCCCCGCUGAUGCCGCCGCCGCCGCCGGGGGGGAGCGAGGGGGCAGCCCGUGCCGGCCUGGACCAGCCCGCCCUCCCGAGCGGAGCGGGAGCAUCUGGGCGGCGGGAGAACCGUUCGGCUCGCGGGCUCCUCGCGCGCCGCGUCCCGCUUCCCCUCUUUCGGCGGGGAGGCUCCAUCGCGCGGACUUCGUUCCCCCCCCCCCCGGGCGUCGGACACCGGCAGGCUAAAGCCGGGCAGAUCGGUGGGGCCGCUCAAUUUUCUGACCACGAUUCGUAAUGCUGCGACUGGACGGAGACCGGCAGGGGCGCGGAGCCCCGCGGUGCCGGCCAGCCCUCUUCCCUUCGCGAGACUCCUUUCGGGGAGGGCAGCGCCGCCCCGACUUCUCUGGGGAGCCCCGAGUUGCUCCCGCAGGUGCCGCCCGCCGCCUCGGGGGAUCUGCCCGGGGUGCUCGGGCGAAACUGUCGGUCCCCCUGCCCUUAGCCGGAUUCGAGGCUUUGGCUUUCGGGCCUGCGGAGCCGGGGGCCUGCGAGCACAAAAGCCCCGUUUAGCGCGUGGAGCUGUCCCCUGAGGGAGCCUCGGCCGGCCUUGUUUUCCUCCUGGAACGGUUCCAGGAGGCACCGAAGGCAAAAGGAAGAAAAGGACGCCCGGCGCAAAUGCCCCCCCCCCCGUAAGUCGUGCAAUAAAAGGCUGGGAACGUUUUGCUGAAUUGUAUUAAUCCACACCCUUCCCCCCCACAUUCCUCCAUCUAAUACGGCACUUGAGAACCCUUCAUGGGAUGGAAUUUUUCAGGCCCUGUGGGUGGGGCUGAAAUGUGAUAAUUUCGCAGAUGGACAAAAAGAAAUAAGUAACAUUAUUAUGCAAAAGUUGAAUUGCACAGUACCCAGUGUUUUCAAAGUUUACUUCCAAAUCACCGAAGGGACAUUGCCAGAUUUUUAUGUUAAAACACUGACAGGUGUUUCACAGUCCAGGGGCCUGGAAUAAUCCUGCUUUUGUAGAGGUUCUUCUGCUCUACUAAUCAAUUUCAGCAAGCUUUUAUAUUUCAGAAUUGUUUAUAAUCUGUUUUGAGGGUCUUCGGGAUUGGAAUGUGGGAUACAAAUAUUCUGAAUAAAAUGCCAAGCAAGCAA